AGCAGCUCCUGCUGUCCCCUCCCUGCAGCCCCCUGCGUUCCAGCCUGCUGCCACCGAAGCAUCCCUGCUGCGCAAACAAGCCAACGCACACCCACUGCAUCUUUUUCCCGUUCCUGUGCACAUCCGUCCUCCUGCAAGCCUCUAAACAUCUAGUUCGGAAGCUCAGAUCGAAAAACUUUCUUCAUAAAAGUUGUUCGUCUCUGUCUCUUCCAUCUAACCUCCGAAUUUCAGCCUUAUCGAAGUUAUAUUGAGAUCUGUACACCAAUCGAAGUACAAGCUGUUCAGAACAGAAUCUGCUCCGAAUUUUCAACAAGAUGUCAAACAUGAACAAACUCGAUUUUGUUCCAUUGGAUUAUGCAGGCAAAAGGUACUUAUUUUGGGUCACUGAUGUCGAGAUCCACCUUAUUGCCCGUGAUUUAUUGCAUACUAUCCAAGAGCUUUGUCCUAUAGAAACAGCUCCAGACCCUCAAACUGAGAAAGAUAAUUCCAAGGCACUUGCCUUCAUGAAACGUCACAUGGAUAGUGACCUACAGUUUGAGUUCAUAAAUGAGGAUAGCGCCAUAAAGCUUUGGCAUGCGCUUCGCGAACGAUAUGGCAAUGUUCGUGACUCCAUACUUCCGAAUACAGAAGCAGAAUGGAAAAAUCUUCGCUUCUCUGAAUUUGACACGGUCAUGCUGUUUUAUUCGGAAGCCCUCCGCAUCAAAGUAAUGAUGCGUCUCUGUGGAAAGAUGAUCACAGAAGACCAGUUGAUUGAGAAAACCCUCAAUACCUUCCCCGCCUGUGCUAUGAGGUCCUCUGACUUAUUCCGGACUCAUGUAAAUGCAAGACGGAUCACAAGUUUUCAACAGCUUAUUGAAGCUAUGGCCACUACUGAAAGACAUGGCAAUGAACUUGUGCAAAGAAGAUUUGAUAGGCUUCAAGAUAGCUAUCAAGAGCAUCGUCCUAUGGCUAGAGAAAGUCGCCAUCGACGUCAUGAUCCAUACGAUCGAAAUGCUCAAGAAGGUAAUCGCUCAAGGCGACAAUCACACGACCGUAGGAGGCGUGAUUUUGAGGGAAAUAGGGUUGGAAACCAUGGAGCCAACGUUGGCCAUGGGCACCACUUUCCAACGCCACCAGUCCAAGGGACUAUGCAUAUUGCGCCAAUGCGCCUCAAUCAAGGGAGAAUCCUCUUUAUGGUGUCUAUUUCUGAUAUGGAACGUCUGAUCAAUGGACCUGAAUUUGCAAUGCACCUACGAAGGUAGCCGCAUCAUGGUGAUCAAGACAUCGAGUUCACAAAGACUUUAAAUCUGGCGAUGAAGACAAAAUGCCGCAGAUUUUUAUUUAGAAUAGUCUUUUAAUUUCCAAGAAUUAUGUAAUGGCAAUUAUGCCUUAAUCAAUAAAAUGACUUAUUGGAUUAUCUCUUUUCCUCUAGGCGUACUCAAUUAAGUAUGAUGUCUAGGAAAGUAAUUGAGAUUAGUGGUACUUAAGAGAGCUUUGCUCCACCGACAUCUCUCUCUACUUCCCUGGUCAUAUUUAAUUGGAAUUACCGAACGAAUUGAGUGACUACAAUUUGUCUAAAGUUUGAU